GGUAAAUCGAACAAACGCACGUGCCGCUUUAACAGUCCGUGGCUUCGCACAAUACGUUCCUGGCGCACUUCAGCUACCAUUAUAGAAUGGCUGGAUUUCCGUCAAUUUGUGUAAAUAAUCGUGAGCCGGUGGUUAGCCUCUCUCGCGGCUGAUGGUAGACUGAAAUGCACUCUGAAUUGCAGAUGACGUUUGCCCUGUGGUUGUUGCUCUUGUUAACAGGGCUUUACAUUAACGCAGCCUACUAUUUUCCUCAAAAUGCUAUCUAUCCACGGUCAACGGAGUUUAAUAACACCCCAUCGAGAUCAACUGUUCCGUAUCACAAGGCCAGCCAACUGCCACCGUCGUUUGAUGCAGCCAGUUCUCACUGCCGCGUGGCCUCAGAAGAUGUCAACUGCCUGCCACCGUUUCAAAACAUUGCGUACGGUCGCCCUGUCCAAACGACCUCCACAUGUGGUGUCUUUAAAGUGCAGCGCUUAUGUGUGGCUGAUGGAACUUGCCAUGUGUGCAGCGGCAACUCCAGAAAACGGCGUUUCUCACCUGACCAUCUGACCGAUGCACACAGCACAAGGAAUUACACAUGCUGGGCAUCUUCUCUAGUUCGAGCUGGAGGGCCAGAACAGGCCGUCAAUCUGACUAUAUCUCUUGGAAAACGAUUUGAAGUGGACUAUGUGUCACUACAACCGUGCAUAGAAGGGGCUAUCCCAGAUUCUAUAGCUAUUUACAAGUCCUCUGACUUUGGACGAAGUUGGCGUCCAUGGCACUACUUCUCCACGGAUUGCUUCAGAGCUUUCGGACUUCCAACCACACACGAGUACAAAACGCACAUUACAACAGCUAAUCUGCAGGAGGUCAUAUGUGUUGGCCUCCCACCUCGCGAAGAUUACUUUACCAAGAACUUCCGAAGGAGAAGAUCCUCGAUCAACAUGCAUAAACACGUCAGGCGAAACCUCUCCUCUAUUGAAUUAGGGGAGUUUGAAGCAACUUUGAAUUCGGUAAUUUCCUUUAGCACCACUCUGGGACGCCCAGCAACACAACCUUGGAGUCCUGCUCUAAUAGACUGGAUGACCAUGACGGAUGUUCGCAUUAGUAUGAUGCGUUUCCCUGCUUCUCUGACCGCUGAUUAUCGUGCCAAACGGACAGUUGAGCCUCUUCCCUCCUCUAUUUUACGACACCUUGCACCCAACCGCCCGCCGUACAUUUCAAAAAGAAAACCUCGAAGACCCUACAAUCCACGAGCCUUUGCGGAUGCUAGUUACAUUGGGCCCUAUGGUGAAGGUAACAGGAGGCGUUUUGGAUACCGCCACUUACGUAGCUCGCAAACGGAGUACGGUGACUUAGAGGUACCACCAUUGGACUUCGCUUCACCAAUGAACGAUACUAAUUCUACUUUCGAAGCUUUAGUGCCAAAAGUAGAACAAGUUCCUCUGAGCGGACCACACCUACUAAGUCCAACAGAACCGGACGUUCUGUCCGCUGCGGAGUUCUUUGCACUUGCUGACCUAACUAUUGGUGGUCGAUGUAAAUGUAACGGUCAUGCAAAGGAAUGCAUAGUGGAUGCAUCGGGUCAUCUCAGAUGUGCUUGUGAGCAUAAUACUGACGGUGACGACUGUGAACGAUGCAAAUCGGGAUUUAUGGAUCGGCCGUGGGAGCGCGCUACCGCACAGAGCGCCAAGUCAUGUACUCAGUGCGACUGCAAUCUACACUCAAGCGAAUGUCGUUUCUCUAAUGCACUCUACCUCAUGUCGAACCGGGUCAGUGGGGGCGUCUGUGAGAACUGUCAGCAUAACACAGCCGGACGCAACUGCCAACAUUGCGCCGAAGGUUUUUAUCGAGACUGGACGAAGCCCAUCAGUCACGAACAUGCCUGUCUUCCGUGCCGGUGCCAUCCUAUUGGAUCCAUCAUUCGUCAUGACUGUGAUCGACGUAGUGGACAAUGUCGAUGCAAACAAGGAGUAACUGGAAUCACAUGCGAUCGCUGUUUGGAUGGAUACCAUCAGACCCGAUCCUCAACUAAUCCAUGUACUAAAGAUUUUGCACCACAGACAAUGGCGCUGGCACACACACCCGGUAAGUAA